AUGACAUCAACACUGGUUGGCGCAGGUAGAAAGGUUGUUAGCUUCCAGAUGCAUGGAGUGGACAGUGCACUGCCGUACAUUGCAAAGAGAGUGGCAUGGGCCGCUAAGCUCAGUGGAAUCAAGACGUCGGGACCAAUCCCACUGCCCUCGACAUCAAAGAAGUACACGGUGAACAAGUCGCCACACGUCGACAAGAACUCGAUGGAUCAGUACGAGAUCCGUGUGUCGAAGCGUGUCGUUCAGAUUGAUGCGCCCAUCGAGGUUGCCGACAAGUUUGUUCGCUUCGUUCAGACCAAGUUGCCACCAAUCGCAUCAAACAUCGAUAUCAAGAUAGUCGAGAAGCGUUACAUACCAAUCGAAUCAGAGUUCUCUGGCAAGCGUAUUGCUUAA